GUUGCUCGGGCUGAGCGGCGGGGCCGAGUUUCUUUGGAGAAGAAAAGCCCUAAGAUGGCAGGCAAAGGAAGUAGCAGAGCAGACUCCAUGUCCUGCAGUGUACUGAACUGGGAGCAGGUCAGCCGUCUGCACGAGGUUCUUACAGAGGUGGUUCCGAUCCAUGGCCGGGGGAACUUCCCGACCCUGAAGAUAACUCUGAAGGAUAUUGUUCAGACGGUGCGGAGCCGGCUGAGCGAAGCAGGCAUUGUGGUCCACGAUGUCCGUCUGAACGGUUCUGCAGCUGGUCAUGUCCUGGUCAAGGAUAAUGGGUUGGGAUGCAAAGACCUGGAUCUCAUUUUUCAAGUUUCUCUUCCAAGUGAGGCAGAGUUUCAGUUAGUUCGAGAUGUGGUCCUGCGAUCCCUCUUGAACUUCCUGCCAGAAGGAGUAAGCAAGCUGAAAAUCAGUCCCGUAACACUGAAGGAAGCCUACAUCCAGAAGCUGGUCAAAGUCUACACGGAGACUGACCGUUGGAGCUUGAUAUCGCUUUCCAACAAGCAUGGCAAAAACGUGGAGCUCAAGUUUGUAGACUGCAUACGACGGCAGUUUGAGUUCAGUGUGGACUCGUUCCAGAUCAUUCUGGACUCCCUGCUCUUUUACUAUGACUACUCAGAGACCCCCAUGUCGGAGCACUUCCAUCCAACUGUGAUUGGGGAGAGCAUGUAUGGAGACUUUGAAGCAGCUUUUGAUCACCUCCAGAAAAAGCUGAUAGCUACCAAAAAUCCUGAAGAGAUCCGAGGUGGUGGGCUACUGAAGUAUAGUAACCUCUUAGUGCGAGACUUCAGGCCCAUGGAUAAGGAUGAGAUCAAAACGUUGGAGCGCUACAUGUGCUCCCGAUUCUUCAUAGACUUCCCAGACAUCCUGGAUCAGCAGCGCAAGCUGGAGACCUACCUCCAGAACCACUUCUCCAAAGAAGAGAGGAGCAAGUACGACUACCUCAUGAUUCUGCGCAGGGUGGUGAAUGAGAGCACCGUCUGCCUCAUGGGACAUGAGCGAAGGCAGACUCUCAACUUGAUUUCUCUGCUGGCGCUCAAGGUGUUGGCGGAACAGAACGUCAUCCCUAAUGCCACUAGUGUAACCUGUUACUACCAGCCAGCACCUUAUGUCAGUGAUGCAAACUUCAGCAACUACUACCUUGCAAGUGCCCCGGUGCUGUACAGCCAGUCCUACCCCACUUGGUUGCCUUGCAAUUGAUUGCUUCCCUGGAGUGCUCCUGUGUGGAGGCUACUGAAAGCCACGAGUGUAAAUACAGACAAGUAAUGACUGUCAGUUGGGUGUUCUCUAAUGGAAACAUGAUGGCAUCAGACUGUCCACUUCCUGGUGUGCAGUGGGAUUAUGCAGCCAGGUGACCUGCUAUGAACCUUUCGGUGUAUCUCUACAAAUGCCAAAAAGCCUUAUUACCUCUUCGUUGGGAGAAGAGAGCCAGCAGCCAAACUUUAAGUGGAGCAGUUAAGAAACUUUGUACUAGCUCUGGAAGUGGCUAUUAACAUGUGAUCUAAGUGGAGUAUUCAGUAAACUGGGUUGGUUAAUCGACUGUAAAAUGCCUUAAGCAGAAGCUGCUCCUGUAGUAGCAGCAAAAGUCUGCUUUCUAUUCCCUAACCUCAUUACUCUUCCUCAGUCCAAGUUCUGGCCAAUUUUCUCUUGAACUAAUUGUGCUAAGACUGGGCUCAUGUUAUCUUGGGUUGCUUUUACUCUGUGUCUGUGUAGAGCUGGUAAGAGUAUGAAUACUGUCUGUCUUGUAGAGGACAUAAAUGUUGUUUCCUGUAGUGCCUAUGGAUAUCUGGUCCUGCCUUGAGUUCAAGAUUAAUUUCUUGGAAGUUGAAGAUAGUUUAGUAAGUCUAUUCAUAAAGCAUAAGCUGCCUAAAUUUUUCUUGACUACAAAAACUUCAAAGGUGACAUUUAUAAAAACACACCAAAGCACAGUCUAAAAUUUGGUAAUGUGAAAAGUCCUUGAAAUGAGGAAGCUUUAAAUAGAAUUGGAGCCACAGUCUGAACACUUAACUUGGAAAAAUAUUCUUGAGUCCAGCAUCAAGCUAAAGCCUUUCUAUCUUUAAAAACAAUUUUGGCACAGUUGGAAAGUAGCACAGCUCUUACUUUAGGGUUUGACUGGAUUUUCUUCCUCACAGGUCCACAGCAAAACCAACAAAAGCCCUAAACAAAAAUCCCAAGCCACUAUAAAUCGCAGGAUUAUGUGCACUCCUGCCACAGUAUGAAUUCCGAAAGCGCCUCCUAAAAUUAAUUUCUUGUUGCACAACUUCAGGCCAAUCUAUCACAGUCCUGAAGGUUUGCCUUUCUGCCACUACUGAAGGGUUGAGCUUACCAGGUUAUCACAAUCACCUGGUCACUGUAUGAGAUGGCAUUUUGAGUGAUUAGAGUAAAAUUCUUCCUUUUUACUGCUCUUGACCCUCACUUGAAAAGGUGUUGAAGCCCUAAGCAGAGCUCUUCACAGAAGCUGUAUGUGUUGAAAAUCUGGACCUGAGUUCAGAAUAGUUUCUGGAAGAGUAUGCACUCCCUUGGAGGUACAGGGGGCUGAUCUUCCUGAAGGGUGUGUGCUGAACUUGCUGCUUUGGGACUCCCAGGCUUUAUAAGGAAGGUUAAAAAUUCCUCAGUUAUUUAUGUAGUGGUGUAAUUAACUGGAUAAUUUUCACUGAAUUAUAAUAGCAAAAUACAUAUAGCAAUGCUCUUGAGUUUCUUUUGUUAGACCAGAGAUGUCAACUAGAAAGGCAAACCUUAGAGCCAUUUAUUAUGUUCUGGUGCAAUGUUCAAGAAUGCUUGUUCACUGAAUCUUUUUUUAUUACUUCUGUAACUAUUUAUUACUGUUUCUGCAAGCUUUUAAGACCAAAGUGCCUGAGCCAACAAAUGAUUAAAGCUUAGAAGGUAAAGCAGGAAGCAGGUGGAACACCAAUGUUUGCUUGCUAUUCAAGGUGGUAAACAGCAGCAGUGCUGUGCUUAAAUGACAGUAAAAAUUGCCUGCUCCUCAGAAGACCAACAAGUUCUUUCCAGUUUUCAUAACUACUUCAAGAGAGUGCCUCAACGGAGCAGUGAGGCUACUAUGCUGCUCAGACCUCAUUUAGCUUAGGAGGGCAGGGAGGGAUGCAAUCUACAAAGUGGACAGUGUUUAGCCAAGCGGGCUUUAGCUUAAUUUCCUGAACAGUUUUGAUAGCAACUUCAGUAGCAAAAAGACAACUUGGUGGAUUAUAUUGUAGGUUUUUUUCAUUAAAGGCUUCCUGAUUAUACAGCCAAAGUAGCUAAUCUUGAAAGCAAACCCAGCCUUUUUCAUUAACUGUGGCUUGGACUUGGUGUGGUUUACAGACAAGACAUCUGUCAUCCAAGACUUUGACUUUUUAAAAAACUAACAUGAUGCCAGUGUUGUCAUAUGUGUUAAACUUAGUGCAAGUUUACUGCUGGAAUGCAAUCCUAGGCAAGAAUAACUCCUGCAUGCAAAGCAAUCCUUGGCCUAAUAUAGAGUGUCACUAGAAAGAGGACUUAAGGGUUUGUAAUUGCUGUCAUCUCAUAGAUAUAUUUAAAGCCAACCUAUGCUACAGCCAUUGCGGAAGUGAACCAUUGCCUAGAGGGGCUUAGACUCAGAUAUCUGCCUUCUGUGAUGUCAUGGCUGAUCUUUAGGAACUGUUCUUGUGCAUUGGCUCAUGUGGAAGAAGUGGUGAGAUGCUUGGGAGGAGUCCUCACAAGCUGGAAACACAGGCUGGUUUCAUUAGUCUUUAGUGCCUUGGCUGCUGAAUGUCAGGCCAGGUGCAUCUCCAGGAAAAGGAAAUGCUAGAGAAGGAAAAAAGGCUGAAUUGGAUUCCUAGUGAAAUAGAGCCACGGAGAAGUUAAGUUUCCUGCCAUAAGUAUUGUGCUUUUGCUGAUGUAACUUGAUGCUGAGGCCUCUAGGGAAGCUCUGCAUUGAAUUGCUGCUCCCUGAACAGCUGAGCGCCUGCCUGGGUUUGAGCUUUGCAGGAUUCUUAUGCUCCCAGUCUGGUUGUUAAGAUGCUCUGGCACACGGGAAAUACUGAUGAUUUGUAACCUGGCUCUGAGAUAAUAAACUCUGAAUGGUUAUACUCUAUCCUGAAGCUGCACACUUCUUGUUCCAUUGACCCUGGAGUACCAGGAGUUGCUGGGGCACUGCUUGUCCCAUUGCCUUCAAAAUAAUCCUGGCUUGGCAGGUGAAGCUGGUGUACUUGGUGGCUUUUCAUCACUGUGCUGCAAGCAGUCCACCCCUUUCUGUUCUGGGUUAUCCUGGCAGUUUGAUGGUGCAAGUGGCAGUGGCUUAAUUUGCUGUGGGUUAGCUGGUUUGAGGUCAGGUUUAUGGUGACCCCUUAUAGCAAGGGGUAACUUGAGAAUGAGUGCAAGAUAAAAGUGACAACUCUAGGCCAAGUCUAGGAUGUCUGCUCAAUUCAGUCACCCCCCAGCACUAAAAAUGCCACUGCAAACCUGUUCUAACCUCUUGUGUGUCACAGGAGGUUAGAGAGAGAUUACUGUACCUCAGACUGUUACCUGAUACGUUCCCUCUGGGCAGUGGCAGUAAAACAAAGCUGCAGUAACACCCAGUGCAUCAUUCCUCAGGACCAAGCUUCUAACUAUGGUAUAAAAUAGCUGUUUUCUUCAUGUGGCUUAUAAGCACUGCUGGACAAAGUCAGUUUGAGGUAAAGCACCUGCUGACAACAUUUAUUGCCAAGUUCCCCUUGACUUGCAGUGUAUUGUUGUGACUUCCUCACUGUAAGAUAGACUUUUUUAUUAGAUAGAGAUGCUGCCAAGGAGACCUGGUAGAAGACUGUGUUUUAGUCACUGGUGAAAUCCCUGUACUGAUCCAUGGUUACUGUGACAGGUUGGAAGCUAAAGCAUAGUUUGUGCUUACUGUGCUAAAGAUUUAAUUAUUGCUGUGCUUGUCCUCAGCUCAGUCAGUCAAUCAAGCUGGGGGUUCAGGACUACUGCUUGCUUCUGAAUAACCAUUUUUCAAAAGAUCAUCAUGCUUUCACAUUAAUCACCUCCUCUACCAAGCAGUAGGUAGUACUUAAAUCUAGUCCAAAUAUCGAAAGGUUUUUAUUGAAACUUAAAGAUCCAUAUUUUGGACUUGCGUUCUGGGGUUAAGCAUUUGGUAUGUGCCCAGGUUUUGUGGGUUCCUGAUUCCUAGAAUAACCACUGAUGUUGAUAGUGACCUCUGCUUGUCACUCUAUGAGUAGUUGGGAAAAGGCCUCUUAGAAGAGAACCUGGACAAAUUGCCUUAAUUCUAAACUGUCACUGUACUGAUGGUACUUGUUUCCUAUUCCUCUCCCUCAACGCAGUCAGGAUCCUGUAAUUGUUAGGCGCAGGAAUAAGCAGUAAGUUGACCACAGCCACAGACAGCUUGGUCUAAUUUGGGCACUGGGAGAGCCAAAUGAACAGUAAAGCUUCUGGCCCUCACAUCUAAGUCUUACCUAAUUGUUUCUUGAAUACAGUUAAGUAUAUUUCAUAAAUGUUCUUUAUUUUCAGUGAAGCUAGAUACAGAGUGGGAUGUUGGUCUAUAGUAGAAACUUUGGGGGGAAUGGCUGGAGCACUCUGGUUUUUCUCACAUGUCUGGAUUUGGCUUGUCUAGCUGAAUAAAACUGCACUUCCCAUUAAAAUUUAGAAGGCUUCUUUUUCCUAUGUUUAUCUUAUUUUUUACUGUUAAAAGAAGUCAGCUCUUAGAAGACCUGUCUCUCAUCUCUUUGGAAGAAGUGAGUUGUUUUGGUUUUUCUUUCUCUCCCCUCCUUCUUCUUUUAGCUGGAAAAACAGGGUACUAGAAAUAUUUGGAUUUGUGAUGAGCCCAAAUGUGAAAUUGGUCACAGUAACUUUGUCUACUGUUCUGCACUGUGGUGUUCACUUGUUAUCCUUGGAAAUCGGGGUUUGGACCUUAAUGAUGCUGGAAUUCUUGUGCAAAUAAACUUAUGCUAAACAA